AUGGAAACUAGUAAUAACAUUAGUGAUAUUACUCUUAACUUUCACGUCCAUGAUAAUAAUAAACCACCUAAUAUAUCUAAACCAUUGGAUGAUCACAAAGUUAAUAUUUCCAGAUAUACAAAAAUUAGUGAACUCAAAAACAAGAAUUCAAAGGCAGUAGAGAUAAAUUCGGAAGAUAUGAUUUCUACUUAUUUCUCAGCAGUUCAAGAAAUCGUUUAUUUCCAUGUAUACCCAAAUUAUAAUUAG